UCCCACCCGAGAGGCCGGCGAGAGAGAGAGAGAGGGAGAGGGAAGGAGAGGGAGCAGAGGACAGGCACGCGAUCCGGCAGAGCAACAAGCGGGAAGAAAGCAACUGGAGCCCCAGUGUCAUCUUUGAGAAAUCCCAGAGGAGUGGUGAGGUGUCACAUAACUGGAGACAGAGACAUUGUCCUGACCUUCAGAAAGGAGGAUUGAGGAAACUACAGACAGGUCAAUCUGACUGUGAUACCAGGCUUGAAUCUUGCAAUUAACUCAGUUAAAUACAAGACUGUUCAUAUCCUUCCAUCACCACCAUCCUGUAUCUCAGAGGAAACAAUGGCCUGAGGCAUGAGCCCACAACUGCCAGCCCUUGUGCACUGCAGCCAUGCUCCCACGGGGACAUCUACAGCCAUGGAGGAGGCUGUGUCGUUGGUCCAACCCAUUCGUGCAGCUCCUUGCUUUGACCGUUGUGACCUUUGGGGUGCUUGCCCCACUGACUUGCCAGCAGUUCCUCUACUCCUAUUUCUAUGUGCGGCGCUGGUAUCUGCGCCCAAUGAGCCAAGAGUUCCUGAAGCAGAACCAAGAGGACGGUCUGAGCGCCCUCCGUUACUUUGAGAGACUGCGGACCCCAAAUACGUCAGAAAGAUUGGGCAGCGAUGCCUUCCAUCCAUGGUUACUGAUUACCAUCAUCACGGUCCAGAGGCAUCCUGAAUUCCACUAUGUCCUUCAGGUAGCAUCCCGUUUCCACCGCCUCCUCCAGAAAUGUGGCCCUUCCUGCCGUCGCCACCAGAUCUUGCUCUGCAAUGUGGAAAUGGAUCCUGGCAGCCAUUGGGAUGCCAAGCUGCUAUCCAAUUUUAUGGCUAUGGUGAACCACUAUGGAGGCCAUGAGAAGGCAGAGCUUUUGCUGAACCAGUUUGAAAAGGAGAAGCGGGAUUAUGCCUAUUGUCUUGAGAAGUCACUGCAAGCCUACAACCCAGAAUAUGUGCUGCUGGUGGAAGACGAUGCCGUUCCUGAGGAGGAGAUCUUUCCAGUUUUGCAUCACCUGUUGCAGGUGCGGUUCUCAAAGGCGCACCUGCAAGACGCUCUUUACGUGAAGCUCUAUCAUCCAGAGAGACUGCAACAUUAUAUCAACCCAGAGCCCAUGAGGAUCCUCGAGUGGCUCGGAAUAGGCAUGUUUAUGGGGUCCCUGUUGGGCUUUGUCUACACCUGGGUCUCCAGCCGCUCCAGCCUCAGUUGGCCUAUUGUGCUUUUCUUUGCCCUGUAUAGCAUGCUGCUGGUAGAACUGGUGGGACGCCACUACUUUUUGGAACUCCGCCGCUUGGCCCCUCCGCUCUACAGCAUCGUGCCUGUCACAGAAUGCUGCACACCUGCUAUACUGUUCUCUGCCUCUUCUGCCCGCCGUGCCUUGGGUUACCUGAAAGAACUGCACUGCCGCCCAGGCUUUGCCAAAGAUACUGCCCUUUACUCGCUCUUGCGCGUGAAGGGUGAACGGGCAUUUGUAGUGGAGCCCAAUCUGGUCCGGCACGUGGGGAUGUUUUCUAGCCUCAGGAUGAAUGGCAAUCCCAAAUUGCUCUGAUGUUGCAAAGCUUCCUGUGAGUGGGGUGGGUAGGCAGGUGGAGCCUGAGUCGCUCUGCUGGCCGGAGAAGCCAGGCAAGCUACCUGCCUGGUUUUGCUCACAUGCAAGCACAAGGGAAUAGAUGGCACAGCAAUGUCUGCAAUCUCGGGUCAUUGCCAAUUGCAAGAAGCCUCCCUGGAAAUCCUCAAUUGUUCAUUUCAGCUCUUUGUUUGACUUGAAAAUCCUAGCACAUCCUCUUGUACUGCCAGUGAAUGCUUUGUGUCUUUUCCAGUUCAGCGACAGCUUUAAAUGAGUGAUUGUGGAUUGUCAAAGAGGCUUUUUCUUCUUCUGUUCCAUUGCAUAUUAGUGAGUUCCUCCUUUCUUUCUCUGUCACUUUGAAAUGUAUAUGUGAAGGGGGUUUUCCACAUUCUCAUUUUGCUCGAGCAAAACAAAGGAACAAAAAGUGCUUGUUCCUUUUUCGGGGGGUGGGGGGGAGUCUGUUCCACAUCUGUUUUUCUCCCUCUAGUAGUCAAUUCAGCUUAACAGUGGUUUACGUCCAGCAUAUCUCCCUGCAGAUUGAAGCUAGAAGGAGCAACACACACGUGGAGCAGAACUGCCCUCCCCCCAAGAAACAAGCACUUGCCAGUGAGUAAAAUGAAAAGGCAGGAAAAGCCCAUAUAUAAAACAAAUUCUACACCUACAACAUUAGCAGGUGGGUUCAAGAUUAGCCUUUUUUCUCGACAUGCUGAUUUUAUAAGGGUGGUUUGUGGGAGAUGUUUGGAGAGCAUAAAAACGUUUAGCCUCUUGCCUGCAAUCUGAAAUGCUGCAUCAUGCCAGCAAUAUAGAUGCACAGGAGGCAUCCGUGAACCUGAGCUCUUAAGUGAUGCAUGUUAUAGGAAAAGAGCUUGGUGGCUGGCAGGAAAUGCCAGAAGAGUUUCUUUAUAAAUGCUUCCAGAUACAUUAUUCAUGUAAACAUUUUCAAGAGUUAGCUUCCCUUCCCUGAGGUGUCUUGUUUUGCUUUUAAGAAUAAGACAAAGCAGUCAGUAACUACCUUCCUUAGUGUAUAUAUCAAUGAAAGAUUGGUAUCGAGAAAGAAGGUGGAGGUCAUCACUGCCUAUUUGAUACAUAAAUCUCACCCGGUGUCUAUAUCUACUUCCUGGUUAUUUGGGAGCCAAUCAUACCUCUGUGGACAUGGUACCAUUCUCUGAUGGCAGUAUGUACCACUUCACAAUGCAUGGGAGACGAUUUUAAGUUCAAAUCCCCCAUUGUGAGGAGACACCACAGGCUGUAGAAGAGCCAAGUAGGCUGGAUGAUCUUUGUGCUCUUACCAGACUUGCUUCCCUCCAAUCUGUCCUGGGCAUGCCUUACCACUAUAUGCAUUCCCCAAGAUGAGGCAAUUGGGAGGAAUUUCCUUCCCAUUGCCCCGACCUGUUCAAGCACUUCCUUGCCUGCAAGUCAGCCACGAGUGAUUAGCGGUAUUCAGGACUGUCCUACAGGCAACUGUUCCUGUUCCCUUGCCCUUUCUUCGUAUGCCGUUUCUGGUCCCAGGUGCUAGUCAGUCUGACGUCCACCAUACUUUUCUGUGGUAAACGGCUUCUUAAGAAGCAGAAGUGCCUUAUGCAGACUAUGUGCACAGCUUCAAGGAAGUGUUUCCAUACUUCUUUGGCACGCUUGAUAAUCUAUGUGAACUGCAAGCUUUAGGAGGGUGGGCACUGUUUUCACAAAUAAUUUUAAAACAUACAAAUUCAAUUGUUUUCCUUCAGUAGGAGCUGAUGUGUAACAAACAAAUGUGUUAAUAAAAAAAAAAAAUUCCCCUUU